CGCACCGGCGGAGCCGCCGCCGCCGCCCGCCGCCAACCCCCGCCCCGGGGGCGGCUGCCCCGGCGGAGCCUCCAUCUGCAGCCCGGCGGCGGAGCGGGAACAUGGCGGACCUGGAGGCGGUGCUGGCCGAUGUCAGCUACCUGAUGGCGAUGGAGAAGAGCAAGAGCACCCCGGCGGCCAGGGCCAGCAAGAAGAUCACCCUGCCCGAGCCCAGUAUCCGCAGUGUUAUGCAGAAAUACCUCGAGGAAAGGGGUGAAUUAACCUUCGACAAGAUCUUUCAUCAGAAAAUUGGAUUUUUGCUCUUUAAAGACUAUUGCAUGAAUGAGAUCGAUGAAGCUGUCCCUCAGCUGAAGUUCUAUGAGGAGAUCAAGGAGUACGAGAAGCUGGACUCGGAGGAGGAGCGGCUGUCGCGGAGCCGGCAGAUCUACGACACCUACAUCAUGAAGGAGCUGCUCUCCUGUUCCCACCCUUUCUCAAAACAAGCUGUAGAUCAUGUACAAACACAUUUAGCCAAGAAACAAGUGCCAGCCAGCCUUUUCCAGCCAUAUAUAGAAGAAAUUUGUGAUAGUCUCCGAGGAAAAAUAUUUCAAAAAUUUAUGGAAAGUGACAAGUUUACUAGAUUUUGUCAAUGGAAAAAUGUAGAGCUAAAUAUUCAUCUGACCAUGAAUGAUUUUAGUGUACAUAGAAUAAUAGGAAGAGGGGGAUUUGGUGAAGUGUACGGCUGCAGAAAAGCAGACACUGGAAAAAUGUAUGCAAUGAAAUGUUUAGAUAAGAAGAGAAUCAAGAUGAAGCAAGGAGAAACAUUAGCCUUAAAUGAAAGAAUUAUGCUGUCUCUUGUCAGUACAGGAGACUGUCCUUUUAUAGUCUGUAUGACCUAUGCCUUCCACACCCCUGACAAGCUCUGCUUCAUUCUGGACCUCAUGAAUGGAGGAGAUUUGCACUACCACCUCUCCCAGCACGGAGUGUUUUCUGAAAAAGAGAUGAGGUUUUAUGCUACUGAAAUCAUCCUGGGGUUAGAGCACAUGCACAAUCGCUUCGUGGUGUACAGAGACCUGAAGCCUGCAAAUAUCCUGCUGGAUGAACAUGGGCACGUGAGGAUAUCAGACCUUGGGCUGGCUUGUGACUUCUCCAAAAAGAAGCCGCAUGCCAGUGUAGGAACCCACGGGUACAUGGCCCCCGAGGUGCUGCAGAAGGGCACAGCCUACGACAGCAGUGCUGACUGGUUCUCCCUGGGCUGCAUGCUCUUCAAGCUGCUGAGGGGGCACAGCCCUUUCAGGCAGCACAAAACCAAAGAUAAGCACGAGAUCGACCGGAUGACGCUCACCGUGAAUGUGGAGCUCCCAGAUUCCUUUUCUCCUGAGCUGAAGUCCCUUCUGGAAGGGCUCCUGCAGAGGGAUGUGAGCAAGAGGCUUGGAUGCCAAGGAAGAAGCGCACAAGAAGUAAAGGAACAUCCUUUCUUCAAAGGCAUUGAUUGGCAGCAAGUCUAUUUACAGAAGUACCCUCCCCCCCUGAUUCCUCCCCGGGGAGAAGUCAAUGCAGCAGAUGCUUUUGAUAUUGGCUCCUUUGAUGAAGAGGACACUAAAGGCAUUAAGUUGCUUGAUAGUGACCAGGAGUUAUAUAAGAACUUCCCUCUGGUAAUAUCGGAGCGUUGGCAGCAAGAAGUAGCAGAAACUGUUUAUGAUGCAGUAAAUGCAGACACAGAUAAAAUUGAGGCCAGAAAAAGGGCUAAAAAUAAGCAGCUUGGCCACGAGGAAGAUUAUGCCCUGGGCAAGGACUGUAUCAUGCAUGGCUACAUGCUCAAGCUGGGGAACCCCUUCCUGACUCAGUGGCAGCGGCGUUACUUUUACCUCUUCCCCAACCGGCUGGAGUGGCGAGGAGAAGGAGAGUCCCGGCAAAACCUGCUGACAAUGGAACAAAUAGUAUCUGUUGAAGAAACACAAAUUAAAGAUAAGAAAUGCAUCUUACUGAGAAUUAAAGGAGGAAAACAGUUUGUCCUACAGUGUGAGAGCGACCCCGAGUUUGUUCAGUGGAAAAAGGAGCUGACAGAGGCUUUCACCGAGGCCCAGAGGUUGCUGCGCCGGGCUCCAAAGUUCCUCAACAAAUCCCGCUCCACAGUGGUGGAGCUCUCGAAGCCCCCGCUCAGCCACAGGAACAGCAACGGGCUGUAGGAGACACCCACCACGUUCCCGCAGGGAGAGCUGCUUGGUGAACCCGCAGAGCGUCCCAGAAUCCUUGCCAACGAAAGACUUUGUGCGGAGCCGGAGGCGGGACGUGCCUGGGAGAGGAGGAGCGCGAUGUUUACAGCGUGGGAUCACGUCAGCACCCUGCCCCGGCAGCGCCCGCCGUCACCGAGCCCGGAGGCUGCUCCCUGCUCCCCACCCCCGGCGGGGCCCGCCCGAGCUCCGUCCCUCUGGAACUACUGAUGGAAGGAAGAGGCUUUGUCCCUGCCGUGCCCGGGGUGGCGCGGGUGCUGCUGGCUGGGUGACGCUCCCGUGGUGACACCGACGGACCGUGGUGGGUGCCCCCUCACUCUGUGGUGUUGCCGUGUCCUUCCCGACCAUUACUGCUGACUCUCUGAUAACCUUGCUCCAUACUGCUGAUGAUCAACAGUGUGACUCUGAUGCACUUCAAAGUACUGAAUUCUAACUGUCCUGUGGUUUAAAUGUUAUUGCUACUUCAUGGGAGCGUUGAACUCGAAUUAUUCCCUGGGUUUGUUGUACUCACUAAUAGUAGCUACCACCGUUUUGCUUCUUCUACGUAUAUGCAGUACUAUAACUGACACAAUAGAGUAAUAAUUGGUGAAGAGGAAUUUAUGGUAGCUUCAUCUAGUGCUCUGUUGUAUAAAUUGACUAUUUUAGCACAGUUUUUAAAGAGCAGAUUCCUUUUGACAAGUUUACAGUGAACAUAAAAGACAGUUCUUUUCCAUUUCAGGUCAACUGCACUUUUUAAAAAAUUAAAAAAGAAAUUAUUUAAAUCCAGUGCAUUCUAGAGCAUGUGCUGGGUUCCGGUGUGUGUGGGUACCUCGGUACGUAUCCCGGCUCACUCCUCAUUCCUGGGACUUGGGAUCCUCCCCUGCUGUACACAGGUGUGCUCCCAUAGCAUAGAAAUCCCCAGAAAUCCCCAGAAAUCCCCAGGUCCCCCUGGAGCCCGGCCUGGGAGGUUCGUGCACAUAUCACAGCUCAGCUUGGGAAAGGAUCUCUCAUUUUCUGUUCUGAAGAGUUCAAACUGCCCACAGUGAAAGCAGUGUGAGGAAACUGAGCGUGGCACUGACAGAAUGAGCUGAUCAAAUGCCAGGUUUAUGUUAAUUCUACCUGAGGCAUCAGGGUGGAAAGUCUUGCUGAAGGAAAGAUCUCAUCCUGAGCUGUCCCACAGCUUCAAGCUGGGCCUUGCCCUGGGUGUUGUGGUGGUUUUCUAAGAGAGAAGUCAGGGCUGCACUUGAGCUGUUUUUCCAAUUCAGUGAACAGCUUAGAGAAGAUUUUUCUUCCCAGCUACAGAGGUACAACUCUCACAGUCCCUGAAGACAGUGGAGCUGUGCCUGUGUCAGUGGGAGUAGAAGUUGUGCGUGGUUUGUCGAGCGUGUGUGGCUGUCAGAUCACCACGGAGUUUGGAGAAAAGUAGUAAAAGUGGCUCUGUUUGCUUCUGCAUGAGAGCUGGGUUUGCUGCACAGCUUGUACAAACCCUGCUGACCAGCUGGGGCUGCACCAAAGGGAAAAUGCAUUCUGGAAAACACCCCCCUGAGAAAGUAGUUUCUUUCAAUGAUUUCCCCCCAUAUUUAUUUUCCAAAUUAUUCUGUGUAAACAGCACCAGCCUCUCUGUCAUUCCUGUUGAGCAUUUCAGCUCCUCUGUAAGGAGCAGUGUCAGAGGUGAUUGGUCAAAGGUUGGACUUGAUGAUCUUGGAGGUCUUUUCUGAUCUAAAAUAAUCCCAUGAUUGUUUGUGUGGUAUUUAAAAAACGUUUGGGAUAAAAAAUGCCUCAUCCCAACUGGCUGUGGUUCAGCUUUCCCUACAAUACCAUGCAAUGCUCGUAUUUUUCUG